GUUCACGGGACAGGAACGAUUCAAGGAGCAUGAGAACAGCCAGGAUCCUUCUGGAGUGGGUGAUACCAUGGCUCACCCUGAGCAUUGGAGAGUCUGCAUUCAACAUGGACAUGGAUCAAGUGGCUAAAAAGGUCAUCACCCUGCCACUGAAAAUAGAAGCACUACCACCUCACCAAAACCAGUUCUGCAGCACAUGGGGAAACUUCCACUACAAGACUUUUGAUGGAGAUUUCUUCCAGCUUCCCUCCACUUGUAACUACAUCUUUGCCUCCCAGUGUAAGGCCGACUAUGAGGCCUUCAACAUUCAGGUCCAGCGUCAGGACUUAGAUGGGGAAGUCUCUAUCAAAAGAAUCCUGUUGAAGCUGGAUGGAAUCGUUGUUGAAUUAGCCAACAUGUCAAUCUUUGUUAACAAUGAACCUGUCUCCAUUCCAUUCAGCCAGGGAGGAAUUUCAAUUGAUUCGUCUGUGUCUUAUAUUAAAAUUGAGGCAAAGCUGGGCCUGAUUUUCAUGUGGAAUCAAGAGGAUUCCCUCUGGGUGGAGCUGGAUUCAAAAUUCAACAAUCAAACUUGCGGCCUGUGUGGUGACUUCAAUGGCAUUCAGGAUGAGUUCGACCAGUCAGAGGUUUUUGUAAGUGCUGAAGAUUUUGCAGUGAAGUGGAAACUUGACGGUCCCACUGAAACAUGCAAAGUAAUCACCUCUCCACCACUGGAAAACUGUUCCAAUGAGGUUGACUUCUGCAACAGCCUGCUGACUGGACCUGCAUUCGUCAGCUGCACGCAUCUGAUAGACAGUGACUACUUCAUUGAUGCUUGUGUAAAAGACCUUUGCGCCUGCAGCGGCGACAAGAGUUCAUGCUUGUGCUCCAUCAUGUCGGAGUAUUCCAGACAGUGCGCUCAUGCAGGCGGGAAACCACUGAAGUGGAAGACAAAGGAACUCUGUGCCAAAAAAUGCCCUUUCAACAUGGAAUAUAAGGAAUGUGGUAGUCCCUGCACUGACACCUGCAGACAUCCCCAAAAAAGCCGUAUAUGUGAUCAACACUGCGUGGAUGGGUGCUUCUGUCCAGAGGGAACUGUUUUUGAUGAUAUUUCACGAAGUGGAUGUGUCGCUGUCAGUCAGUGCUCAUGCUUUCACCAUGGCAAAUCCUACAAACCUGGAGAAUCGUACACCAGGGCGUGUAAAACAUGCACUUGUGCGAAUGCUAAGUGGAGCUGUAAGGAGAAGGACUGUCCUGGUAUCUGCUCCAUCACAGGAGGCUCUCACAUCUCCACCUAUGACGAUAACAUCUAUAACUUCCACGGAGACUGUUCAUACGUUUUGUCUAAAGCUUCUGAUGGGAGUUUUAGUGUGUUUGGAGAUUUGAAGCCGUGUGGCAGAUCUGACAAAUCAACGUGCAUGUCCUCCGUGACUCUACUCCAAAACUCCACAACGAUUGAAGUUAAAGACAAUGGGAAAGUCUAUUACAACAAAGUAGAGUGUCAACUUCCUUUCUUCAUGGACGAUGUAACUAUCUUCAGCCCAUCCUCAUUCUUCAUUGUAAUCCACACGACCUUCGGACUUGAACUUGAGAUCCAGCUCAACCCAUUAUUGCAGAUUUACGUAAAAGCCAGUGCAUCCUUGAAGGAAAGCCUGCAGGGACUUUGUGGUGAUUUUAAUGAUAACGCUCAAGAUGACUUCAAAACCACUAACGGAUUGAUCGAGGGUGUAGCUGCAAUCUUUGCCAACACAUGGAAAACACAAAUAACCUGUCCAGAUGUAAACAUAAUACUUGGGGACCCAUGCAUUUUGAGUGUUGAUAAAGAAAAAUAUGCCAAUGACUGGUGCUCACUCUUGACUGAUCGAAGUGGAAUUUUUUCAAUUUGUCAUUUAGAAAUAGACCCAUCGGAUUAUCAAAAAGCUUGUAUUUAUGACACCUGUGCCUGUGAGAACAGCGAGGACUGCAUGUGUGCUGCCUUGUCUGCGUAUGUCCACGCCUGUGCAGCUGAAGGCAUCAAAAUACAUGGAUGGAGAAAAAAUGUCUGCAAUAAAUAUGCAUCUGACUGCCCUUCUCAAUUGGUGUACGAUUACCACAUGACGAGCUGCGGUCGCACCUGCCGCUCUCUGACUCAGUCAGAUGUAACGUGUGGGAUUGAUUUUACCCCAGUCGAUGGUUGUGGCUGUGCUGACGGGACUUAUUUAAACGAGAAAGGAGAGUGUGUGUCAGCUUCUCAGUGCCCCUGUCAUGUAGGAGACACACUGAUACUGUCUGGGCAGGUCACCAAGGUCCAAGGACAAACAUGCUCCUGCCGUGGUGGACAGCUAACAUGUCAAGGAGAACCAGUCAUUCAAUCAUGCGCCUCUCCAAUGGUUUUCUUCAACUGCUCAAAUGCAAAGCCAGGUGAAAAAGGAGCUGAAUGUCAGAACAGCUGCCAGACGUUGGACUCAGAUUGUGUGAGUUCACAUUGUGUCUCAGGCUGUGUGUGUCCUCCUGGCCUACUGUCAGAUGGAAAUGGAGGCUGUGUGAAGGAGAAUGAUUGUCCCUGUCCACAUGAUGGAAAAUCAUACAAUCCAGGAGACACCAUAACUGUUAACUGUAACAAAUGCACUUGCAGUGAAAGGAAAUGGAGUUGCACAGAGAAUGAUUGCGGUGGAACCUGUACCAUGUAUGGAGACGGGAAUUUCAUCACUUUUGAUCAAAAGAAAUUUGCUUACAAAGGCAACUGUGGUUACAUCUUCACUCAGGAUUACUGUGGAGGCAACAUGAAGGGCACCUUCAGGGUCCUGACUGAAAACAUCCCCUGUGUUUCAAGUGAAAGCAUCUGUUCCACCAAUAUCAAACUGUACUUAGGGAGGAAUGAAAUUCUUCUUUCAGACGAAAGUGUCAGAGUUAUCAAUCAAAGCGAAGGUGAGGACAUUCUGUUUAAAGUCCACACUAUGGGUAUAUACAUUGUCAUCGAGGCAAACAACGGUCUUAUUCUGAUUUGGAAUAAGAAGACGACACUCAUGAUUAAACUCAGCUCAUCAUUCAACGGAAAAGUCUGUGGUCUGUGUGGGAACUUUGAUGGCAACAUCAAGAACGAUUUUACCACCAAUGCCAAAGAAAUUGUAGUUGAAACAAUUGAGUUUGGAAACAGCUGGAAAGUGUCAUCUGCCUGUCCAAAUGUAAACACAACACAAGAACCAUGUGCUCUGUACCCUAACAGAGUAGCAUGGGCAUCAAAACACUGCAGCAUCAUCAAGAGUGACGUGUUUUCUGCCUGCCACUUAAAAGUUGAUCCCCAACAAUACUUUGAUUCAUGUGUGAGAGACACAUGUGCCUGUAAUUCGGGAGGAGAUUGUGAGUGUUUCUGCUCAGCUGUUGCAGCCUAUGCAGCUGCCUGUAAUGAAGCCGGAGCCUGUAUUAAGUGGAGAACCCCCACCAUCUGUCCACUCUUCUGUGAUUAUUACAAUCCUGAUGGAGCGUGUGAGUGGCACUAUGCACCUUGUCAAAAACCAUGCAUGAAGACUUGUAAGAAUCCUUCAGGAAAAUGCUACACUCAGCUUCCAGCAUUAGAAGGCUGCUAUCCAAAUUGUCCAAGUGAGCGGCCUUAUUUAGAAGAAGUUACCAUGAAGUGUGUGUCAGAAAAACAAUGUGGCUGCUACGAUGAUGAAGGGAACCAUUAUGAAGAAGGGGAAACGGUUCCAGUGCAAAAUUGUUACAAAUGCAACUGUUUUUCAACAACUACAAAGUGUGAAUACGAUCAAUCUGCAUGUACCUGUGUCUAUAAUGGUCAUAGCUACAAAUAUGGGGAAACUGUUUAUAACACACAUGAUGGAGAUGGAACAUGCAUUACUGGUGUGUGUGGAGUAAAUGGAACUAUUAACAGAAACAUGGAAGUUUGCACUACAACUCCAUUUACACCAACAACAGUCUUUACAUUUACUACAACAGAAACAACUACUGAAAAGCGCACAACUACUCAAGCCAUGACAACAGUUCUGACAUUCUCAACACCAAGAGUUAAAACCUCUACGACACAUUAUGUAGAAACUACAACAAAAGUAAUAACCACUACUCCAAAAACUACAUAUAAAAAAACACCAACAACAACUCUCACACCUACUACAACACCUCAUGUAGAAACCACAACAACACCUCAUGUAGAAACCACAACAACACCUCAUGUAGGAACCACAAAAACAACAAUCACAACAACACCUCAUGUAGAAACCACAACAACGCCUCAUGUAGAAACCACAACACCAAUCACAACACCACCAACUACUACAACAACACCAAUCACGACAACGCCUAUCAACUGCUAUAUUUGUACAUGGUCAGAUUGGAUCAACAAUGACUACCCUCAUCCAGGUCUAGAAGAAGGAGAUUAUGAAACAAUUGCAAAUAUUUCUAAUCCAGAUUUGAGUCGUUGUUCAAAACCUUUGGAAAUUCAGUGUCGAGCUAAAUUCUACAAGGACGUAGAUUUAAAAGACCUAGAUCAAAAAGUAACAUGUGACCCUACAAUUGGGUUGAUUUGUAAUAACAAAGACCAAGAUAUUCCUCCCAUUUGUUAUGAUUAUGAAAUACGAGUAAGGUGUUGUAUUUACAAAGAAACCGAGGACUGCACAACACCACAAAUUACAACACCAUCAACUACAUUGUCACUAAUCCCAACAACACCUCAUGUAGAAACCACAACAACGCCUCAUGUAGAAACCACAACAUCUCGUGUAGAAAUAACAACAACAAUCACAACACCACAAACUACAACACCCAAAACACCAUCAACUACAAAAAAACCCACAACAACACCUCAUGUAGAAAUCACAACAACAUCAAUCACAACAACGCCUCAUGUAGAAACACCAACAACACCUCAUGUAGACACCACAACAACAAUCACAACACCUCAUGUAGAAACCACAACAACAUCAAUCACAACACCUCAUGUAGAAACACCAACAACACCUCAUGUAGAAACCACAACAUCAAUCACAACACCUCAUGUAGAAACCACAACAAUACCUCAUGUAGACACCACAACAACAUCAAUCACAACACCUCAUGUAGAAACACCAACAACACCUCAUGUAGAAACCACAACAACACCUCAUGUAGACACCACAACAACAUCAAUCACAACACCUCAUGUAGAAACACCAACAACACCUCAUGUAGACACCACAACAUCAAUCACAACACCUCAUGUAGAAACACCAACAACACCUCAUGUAGAAACCACAACAUCAAUCACAACACCUCAUGUAGACACCACAACAACACCUCAUGUAGACACCACGACAACACCUCAUGUAGACACCACAACAUCAAUCACAACACCUCAUGUAGAAACCACAACAUCAAUCACAUCACCUCAUGUAGACACCAUAACAUCAAUCACAACACCUCAUGUAGAAACCACAACAUCAAUCACAACGCCUCAUGUAGAAACACCAACAACACCUCAUGUAGACACCACAACAACACCUCAUGUAGACACCACAACAACAUCAAUCACAACACCUCAUGUAGACACCACAACAACAUCAAUCACAACACCUCAUGUAGAAACCACAACAACACCUCAUGUAGACACCACAACAACAUCAAUCACAACACCUCAUGUAGAAACACCAACAACACCUCAUGUAGACACUACAACAACAGCUCAUGUAGAAACACCAACAACACCUCAUGUAGACACUACAACAACACCUCAUGUAGAAACCACAACAUCAAUCACAACACCUCAUGUAGAAACACCAACAACACCUCAUGUAGAAACCACAACAUCAAUCACAACACCUCAUGUAGACACCACAACAACACCUCAUGUAGACACCACGACAACACCUCAUGUAGACACCACAACAUCAAUCACAACACCUCAUGUAGAAACCACAACAUCAAUCACAACACCUCAUGUAGACACCACAACAUCAAUCACAACACCUCAUGUAGAAACCACAACAACACCUCAUGUAGACACCACAACAUCAAUCACAACGUCUCAUGUAGAAACCACAACAACACCUCAUGUAGACACCACAACAUCAAUCACAACGUCUCAUGUAGAAACCACAACAACAUCAAUCACAACGCCUCAUGUAGAAACCACAACAACACCUCAUGUAGACACCACAACAUCAAUCACAACGUCUCAUGUAGAAACCACAACACCAAUCACAACACCACCAACUACUACAACAACACCAAUCACGACAAUGCCUAUCAACUGCUAUAUUUGUACAUGGUCAGAUUGGAUCAACAAUGACUACCCUCAUCCAGGUCGAGAAGAUGGAGAUUAUGAAACAAUUGCAAAUAUUUCUAAUCCAGAUUUGAGUCGUUGUUCAAAACCUUUGGAAAUUCAGUGUCGAGCUAAAUUCUACAAGGACGUAGCUUUAAAAGACCUAGAUCAAAAAGUAACAUGUGACCCUACAAUUGGGUUGAUUUGUAAUAACAAAGACCAAGAUAUUCCUCCCAUUUGUUAUGAUUAUGAAAUACGUGUAAGGUGUUGUAUUUACAAAGAAAUCGAGGACUGCACAACACCACAAAUUACAACACCAUCAACUACAUUGUCACUAAUCCCAACAACACCUCAUGUAGAAACCACAACAUCUCGUGUAGAAAUAACAACAACAAUCACAACACCACAAACUACAACACCCAAAACACCAUCAACUACAAAAAAACCCACAACAACACCUCAUGUAGAAAUCACAACAACAUCAAUCACAACAACGCCUCAUGUAGAAACACCAACAACACCUCAUGUAGACACCACAACAACAAUCACAACACCUCAUGUAGACACCACAACAUCAAUCACAACACCUCAUGUAGAAACCACAUCAACACCUCAUGUAGACACCACAACAACAUCAAUCACAACACCUCAUGUAGAAACACCAACAACACCUCAUGUAGAAACACCAACAACACCUCAUGUAGAAACCACAACAACACCUCAUGUAGACACCACAACAACAUCAAUCACAACACCUCAUGUAGAAACCACAACAACACCUCAUGUAGACACCACAACAACAUCAAUCACAACACCUCAUGUAGAAACCACAACAACACCUCAUGUAGACACCACAACAACAUCAAUCACAACACCUCAUGUAGAAACACCAACAACACUUCAUGUAGAAACCGCAACAUCAAUCACAACACCUCAUGUAGACACCACAACAACACCUCAUGUAGACACCACAACAACAUCAAUCACAACGCCUCAUGUAGAAACCACAACAACAUCAAUCACAACUCCUCAUGUAGAAACCACAACAACACCUCAUGUAGAAACACCAACAACACCUCAUGUAGAAACCACAACAACAUCAAUCACAACGCCUCAUGUAGAAACCACAACAACAUCAAUCACAACACCUCAUGUAGAAACCACAACAUCAAUCACAACACCUCAUGUAGACACCACAACAACACCUCAUGUAGACACCACAACAACACCUCAUGUAGACACCACAACAACAUCAAUCACAACGCCUCAUGUAGAAACCACAACAACAUCAAUCACAACUCCUCAUGUAGAAACCACAACAACACCUCAUGUAGACACCACAACAACAUCAAUCACAACACCUCAUGUAGAAACCACAACAACACCUCAUGUAGACACCACAACAACAUCAAUCACAACACCUCAUGUAGAAACACCAACAACACCUCAUGUAGACACCACAACAACAUCAAUCACAACGCCUCAUGUAGAAACCACAACAACACCUCAUGUAGACACCACAACAACAUCAAUCACAACGCCUCAUGUAGAAACCACAACAACACCUCAUGUAGACACCACAACAACAUCAAUCACAACGCCUCAUGUAGAAACCACAACAACACCUCAUGUAGAAACCACAACAUCAAUCACAACGCCUCAUGUAGAAACCACAACAACACCUCAUGUAGACACCACAACAUCAAUCACAACAACACCGACUACUACAACAACACCAAUCACGACAACGCCUAUCAACUGCUAUAUUUGUACAUGGUCAGAUUGGAUCAACAAUGACUACCCUCAUCCAGGUCUAGAAGAUGGAGAUUAUGAAACAAUUGCAAAUAUUUCUAAUCCAGAUUUGAGUCGUUGUUCAAAACCUUUGGAAAUUCAGUGUCGAGCUAAAUUCUACAAGGACGUAGAUUUAAAAGACCUAGAUCAAAAAGUAACAUGUGACCCUACAAUUGGGUUGAUUUGUAAUAACAAAGACCAAGAUAUUCCUCCCAUUUGUUAUGAUUAUGAAAUACGUGUAAGGUGUUGUAUUUACAAAGAAACCGAGGACUGUACAACACCACAAAUUACAACACCAUCAACUACAUUGUCACUAAUCCCAACAACACCUCAUGUAGAAACAACAACAAUGCCUCAUGUAGGAACCACAACAACAUCAAUCACAACAACGCCUCAUGUAGGAACCACAACACCACCUCAUGUAGAAACAACAACAAUGCCUCAUGUAGGAACCACAACAACAUCAAUCACAACAACGCCUCAUGUAGGAACCACAACAAUGCCUCAUGUAGGAACCACAAAAACAUCAAUCACAACAACACCUCACGUAGAAACCACAACACCUCAUGUAGGAACCACAACAACACCUCAUGUAGGAACCACAACAAUGCCUCAUGUAGGAACCACAACAACACCAAUCACAACAACACCUCAUGUAGGAACCACAACAACGCCUCAUGUAGAAACAACAACAAUGCCUCAUGUAGACACCACAACAACAUCAGUCACAACAACACCUUAUGUAGAAACCACAACAAUGCCUCAUGUAGAAACCACAACAACGCCUCGUGUAGAAACCACAACGACACCUCAUGUAGGAGCCACAACAACAUCAAUCACAACAACACCUCAUGUAGGAACCACAACACCUCAUGUAGGAACCACAACACCUCAUGUAGGAACCACAACAACACCUCAUGUAGGAACCACAACACCUCAUGUAGGAACCACAACAACGCCUCAUGUAGAAACCACAACAACAUCAAUCACAACACCACCUCAUGUAGGAACCACAACACCUCAUGUAGGAACCACAACAACACCUCAUGUAGGAACCACAACACCUCAUGUAGGAACCACAACAAUGCCUCAUGUAGGAACAACAACAAUGCCUCAUGUAGACACCACAACAACAUCAAUCACAACGCCUCAUGAAGAAACCACAACAACACCUCAUGUAGAAACCACAACAACACCUCCUGUAGAAACCACAACACCAUCAAUCACAACAACACCUCAUGUAGGAACCACAACAACGCCUCAUGUAGGAACCACAGCAACAUCAAUCACAACAACAUCUCAUGUAGGAACCACAACAACGCCUCAUGUAGAAACCACAACAACACCUCAUGUAGGCACCACAACAACAUCAAUAACAACAACACCUCAUGUAGGAACCACAACAACGCCUCAUGUAGGAACCACAACACCAAUCACAACACCACCAACUACUACAACAACACCAAUCACGACAACGCCUAUCAACUGCUAUAUUUGUACAUGGUCAGAUUGGAUCAACAAUGACUACCCUCAUCCAGGUCUAGAAGAAGGAGAUUAUGAAACAAUUGCAAAUAUUUCUAAUCCAGAUUUGAGUCGUUGUUCAAAACCUUUGGAAAUUCAGUGUCGAGCUAAAUUCUACAAGGACGUAGCUUUAAAAGACCUAGAUCAAAAAGUAACAUGUGACCCUACAAUUGGAUUGAUUUGUAAUAACAAAGACCAAGAUAUUCCUCCCAUUUGUUAUGAUUAUGAAAUACGUGUAAGGUGUUGUAUUUACAAAGAAACCGAGGACUGCACAACACCACAAAUUACAACACCAUCAACUACAUUGUCACUAAUCCCAACAACACCUCAUGUAGAAACCACAACAACGCCUCAUGUAGAAACCACAACAACACCUCAUGUAGACACCACAACAACAUCAAUCACAACAACGCCUCAUGUAGAAACACCAACAACACCUCAUGUAGAAACCACAACAACACCUCAUGUAGGAACCACAACACCUCAUGUAGGAACCACAACACCUCAUGUAGGCACCACAACAAUGCCUCAUGUAGGAACCACAACAACAUCAAUCACAACAACACCUCAUGUAGGAACCACAACACCUCAUGUAGGAACCACAACAACAUCAAUCACAACAACACCUCAUGUAGAAACCACAACACCUCAUGUAGGAACCACAACACCUCAUGUAGGAACCACAACAACACCUCAUGUAGGAACCACAACAACGCCUCAUUUAGGAACCACAACACCUCAUGUAGGAACCACAACAACACCUCAUGUAGGAACCACAACACCUCAUGUAGGAACCACAACAAUGCCUCAUGUAGGAACCACAACAACAUCAAUCACAACAACACCUCAUGUAGGAACCACAACAAUGCCUCAUGUAGGAACCACAACAACAUCAAUCACAACAACACCUCAUGUAGGAACCACAACAACACCUCAUGUAGGAACCACAACAACGCCUCAUUUAGGAACCACAACACCUCAUGUAGGAACCACAACAACACCUCAUGUAGGAACCACAACACCUCAUGUAGGAACCACAACAAUGCCUCAUGUAGGAACCACAACAACAUCAAUCACAACAACACCUCAUGUAGGAACCACAACACCUCAUGUAGGAACCACAACACCUCAUGUAGGAACCACAACAACAUCAAUCACAACAACACCUCAUGUAGGAACCACAACACCUCAUGUAGGAACCACAACAACACCUCAUGUAGGAACCACAACAAUGCCUCAUUUAGGAACCACAACACCUCAUGUAGGAACCACAACAACACCUCAUGUAGGAACCACAACACCUCAUGUAGGAACCACAACACCUCAUGUAGGAACCACAACAAUGCCUCAUGUAGGAACCACAACAACAUCAAUCACAACAACACCUCAUGUAGGAACCACAACAAUGCCUCAUGUAGGAACCACAACAACAUCAAUCACAACAACACCUCAUGUAGGAACCACAACACCUCAUGUAGGAACCACAACAACAUCAAUCACAACAACACCUCAUGUAGAAACCACAACACCUCAUGUAGGAACCACAACACCUCCUGUAGGAACCACAACACCUCAUGUAGGAACCACAACACCUCAUGUAGAAACCACAACACCUCAUGUAGGAACCACAACACCUCAUGUAGGAACCACAACACCUCCUGUAGGAACCACAACACCUCAUGUAGGAACCACAACACCUCAUGUAGGCACCACAACAAUGCCUCAUGUAGGAACCACAACAACAUCAAUCACAACAACACCUCAUGUAGGAACCACAACACCUCAUGUAGGAACCACAACAACAUCAAUCACAACAACACCUCAUGUAGGAACCACAACACCUCAUGUAGGAACCACAACACCACCUCAUGUAGGAACCACAACAACGCCUCAUUUAGGAACCACAACACCUCAUGUAAGAACCACAACAACACCUCAUGUAGGAACCACAACACCUCAUGUAGGAACCACAACAAUGCCUCAUGUAGGAACCACAACAACAUCAAUCACAACAACACCUCAUGUAGGAACCACAACACCUCAUGUAGGAACCAUGCCUCAUGUAGGAACCACAACAACAUCAAUCACAACAACACCUCAUGUAGGAACCACAACAAUGCCUCAUGUAGGAACCACAACAACAUCAAUCACAACAACACCUCAUGUAGGAACCACAACACCUCAUGUAGGAACCACAACAACAUCAAUCACAACAACACCUCAUGUAGAAACCACAACACCUCAUGUAGGAACCACAACACCUCCUGUAGGAACCACAACACCUCAUGUAGGAACCACAACACCUCAUGUAGAAACCACAACAACGCCUCAUGUAGAAACCACAACAACUCCUCAUGUAGGAACCACAACACCUCAUGUAGGAACCACAACAACGCCUCAUGUAGAAACCACAACAACACCUCAUGUAGGAACCACAACACCUCAUGUAGAAACCACAACAACACCUCAUGUAGAAACCUCAACAACACCUCAUGUAGGAACCACAACACCUCAUGUAGAAACCACAACAACACUUCAUGUAGGAACCACAACAACGCCUCAUGUAGGAACCACAACAACGCCUCAUGUGGAAACCACAACAACACUUCAUGUAGGAACCACAACACCUCAUGUAGAAACCACAACAACACUUCAUGUAGGAACCACAACAACGCCUCAUGUAGGAACCACAACAACACCUCAUGUAGGAACCACAACAACACCUCAUGUAGGAACCACAACACCUCAUGUAGGAACCACAACAAUGCCUCAUGUAGGAACCACAACAACACCUCAUGUAGGAACCACAACACCUCAUGUAGGAACCACAACAACACCUCAUGUAGAAACUACAACAACAUCAAUCACAACACCACCAUCUACAUCAACUCCCACAACAAAAUCAUCCACAACACCUCAUGUAGGAACCACAACACCUCAUGUAGGAACCACAACAACGCCUCAUAUAGAAACCACAACAACACCUCAUGUAGGAACCACAACACCUCAUGUAGGAACCACAACAACACCUCAUGUAGAAACUACAACAACAUCAAUCACAACACCACCAUCUACAUCAACUCCCACAACAAAAUCAUCCACAACACCUUAUGUAGAAACAACACCACCUUCAACAACCACAACAUCAUCAACUACAACAACAUCACCAAUCACGAAAACAACAAUCACAACAACUCUCACUACAACACAUCAUGUAAAAACCACAACACUUGAAAUUAUAACAGGAACUACGGUGUCAACAACACGAUUAAUAGGUCCUGUUGUGAAUGAAACUACAACACAUCAUGUUGUACCAGUAACAACACUCACAACCACACCUACAACAAACCCUCCGACGCACUCAACAAAAGAAUCUACAGAAUGUUCUUGCAAAUACAUGGAUAAAGAUUUCAAACCUGGAAGUCUUAUUUACAAUAAGACUGAUGAAGCAGGCUGGUGUUUCACUGCGUACUGCAAUUCAACAUGUGGUGUUGUAAAACAUUCCAGCCCAUGUCACACUACAACUACCACCACACCACCAUCAACUUCCACUACAACCCCGCUGACACACUCUCCAACUCCAAGAACCACUCAGCGACCUUCCAAUGACUGCCUACUUCUAACUCCACCUAGAAAGAAUGGUGAAACCUGGAUUUCAAACAACUGCACCAAAGAAAAAUGUGAAAAUGGAAAACAAAUCUCAGAAUUUGUUAACUGUUCAACACCAACUGUUCCAGUUUGUGAUAAUGGACACCCACCAGUAAAGGUUUAUGAUGAAAAUCACUGUUGUAUUCAGUAUGAGUGCACCUGUGUUUGCUCAGGCUGGGGAGAUCCUCAUUACAUUACAUUUGAUGGGCAGUAUUACAGUUUCCAGAAGAACUGUACAUACGUCUUGGUCCAAGAAAUUGUGUCCCGAUACAAUUUUAAGGUUCUGAUUGACAACGAGAACUGUGAUGCCACUGGAGCUGUAACCUGUGCCAAAGCCUUGACUGUGUAUUACAAAAACUAUGUAAUCAUUCUUACACAAAAGAGAACUCCGAAAACUGUGAAUAUGGUGUACAUCAAUGGAGUAGAAAAAAUCCCAACCAUCUCCAACAACGACUUCACCAUCACAAGCACAGGAAUCCAGCUGUUACUGAAAAUCCCCCUAAUUAAUGCUGUGAUACAAUUCAAAGGGCUUGUAUUCAGUGUUGAUGUGCCAUUCUCACUUUUCCAUGGUAACACAGAGGGACAGUGUGGUGUCUGUGACAAUAAAAAGACAAAUGACUGCAGAUUAAGGGAUGGCAGCAUUGAUCCAUCAUGCGUAAUAAUGGCGAAUGACUGGCGUGUAUUUGAUGUCAAUAAACCAUACUGUGAGAAACUUCCUCCUCCUCCUCCUCCUCCUCCUCCUCCUCCAUGCAAACCUGUUCUCUGUGAAAUCAUAAUGAGCAGUGUGUUUAAGGAAUGCCAUGGAAAAAUUGCACCAGAACCAUAUUACGAAGCCUGCAAAUUUGACGUUUGCCACAUGCCAAAUUCCACCGUGGGAUGUUCCAGCGUGGAGGUGUAUGCCUUGCUGUGUGCUUCUGCAUCUGUCUGUGUGGACUGGAGAAGCUCUGCAAAUGGAAAGUGUGAUUUUAAGUGUCCAGAAAAUAAAGUCUACCAACCUUGUGGUUCAACUGAUGUACAAACAUGUAAUGCAAGAUUCAACGACAAAGUUGAUCAAUCCUGCAGCCAAGGGGAAAGAGGUUGCAAAAAAUUCACAGAAGGGUGUUUCUGUCCUGAGGGAAAGACCCUGUUCAAUCCAACCUCAAACAUCUGUGUCUCUGCAUGCUGCACUGGACCUGCUGGGGAACCAAAAGAGAUUGGAGAUAAGUGGACAAGCAAUUGUCAGCAGUGUGUUUGUGACAGGAGCUCUUUGAGCGUCUUGUGCACGCCUCUGUCAUGCCCAGCACCAAAACCAAUAAAAUGCACCGAGGACGGCGAGGUGUUGGUAAACAAAACAGUUGACUGCUGUCCAAAUCUGUCAUGUGAGUGCAACAAGGACCUUUGUCCAGUACCGAUGCAGAUUUGUUCUCCUGGUUUUGAGCCUCAUGUCACCGUCUCUAAUGACACCUGCUGCCCUGUCUACAGCUGCGUACCCAAAGGCGUUUGUGUCUACAAUAAUACCGAGUACAAGCCGGGCUCAAACUUCUUUAAGAGCCCAUGUGAGCCAUGCAGCUGCAGCAGCAAACAGGAUCUCAGCAGCAAGCUGAACAUCUUUAAGUGUGAUGUGAUCCAUUGCUCCAACACAUGUGAAAAGGGCUAUGUGCUUGUAGAUCGUCCUGGACAGUGCUGUGGAUCCUGUAAACAGGACAGCUGUAUAUUUAAUGUUCCCGGCAGCAACUCUCCAAUUAUUCUGAAGCCUUCACAGUCGUAUUCACCACCCAGUGACAAAUGCAUCAACUAUGAUUGCCAGAAAACGAAAGAAGAGUUUGUAGUUUCUAUAAACAAAACAAUAUGUCCAGACUAUGAUCCAGACAACUGUGUCCCAGGAACAGAGAAAAGUGAUGCAAAUGGAUGUUGCAAAUCUUGUACUCCUCGCUACAGCUGUCAGCUGAACAGGACCACCACCUACCUGAAGACUAAAGAUUGCACAUCGACUGUUCCUGUGGAGCUCACAGCCUGCGAGGGAUCAUGUGGAGACUCCUGGUCAAAGUACUCAGCAGAAGCCAACGCUGUGAUGCAUUCAUGUUCCUGCUGUCAAGAGAAGACCACCAGCAUGAAGAAGGUGGACAUGCUGUGCUCUAACGGCAACAGAAUCAGUCACUCCUACAUCUCAGUGGACAGUUGUGGCUGUGAAGUCGCUAAAUGUAAAGAGAACAGCAAACGUUGAUGUGAAACCUGAAACAUUAAAAUGUGUGGAGACAGUUACAAAAUAUUUUAAAAGUUCUGGAAGAGCUAACAUGGAAAUGCAUUGAAAUGCUCAGGUGUGUGAGUAUUAAACUAAUCAAAAAGGGGCUGGGGGUGCAGGUUAAAGUUAUUUUUUAAAGCUUUUUUUCCAACUAUCAUUCUUUUCUUUAAACCAUAAUAUUACGUUUCUGUAUCUUGUUUCAAACUUUCAGCGUCAAUAAAUUUCUAAUUGCAUCGUAA